AUGGCGACCCGGGCAUGCCGCUCCCGAGGAGGAGGGGCGUCUCCGUGCUUCCGGCGGCGCGGUGACAAAGAAAUUCAAGCCAUGAGCCAAUGUCACCAUCCUAAUAUUGUGUCUUACUACACGUCCUUUGUGGUCAAAGAUGAGCUGUGGCUUGUCAUGAAGCUGCUCAGCGGAGGAUCAGUUCUAGAUAUUAUUAAGCACAUUGUGGCCAAGGGGGAACACAAAAGUGGAGUCCUAGAUGAACCUACCAUCGCUACGAUACUUCGGGAAGUCUUAGAAGGGCUAGAAUAUCUGCAUAAAAAUGGGCAGAUUCACAGAGAUGUGAAGGCUGGGAAUAUUCUUCUGGGCGAAGAUGGCUCAGUACAGAUCGCAGACUUUGGGGUUAGUGCUUUCUUAGCCACUGGAGGUGAUAUUACGCGGAAUAAAGUUAGAAAGACCUUUGUCGGCACGCCCUGCUGGAUGGCUCCGGAAGUGAUGGAGCAGGUUCGAGGUUAUGAUUUCAAAGCUGAUAUAUGGAGUUUUGGAAUCACGGCCAUUGAACUAGCCACGGGAGCAGCUCCGUACCAUAAAUACCCACCAAUGAAGGUCUUAAUGCUGACACUACAGAACGACCCUCCUUCUUUGGAGACUGGUGUUCAAGAUAAAGAAAUGCUGAAAAAAUAUGGCAAAUCAUUUAGGAAAAUGAUUUCCUUGUGCCUUCAAAAGGAUCCAGAGAAAAGACCCACAGCAGCAGAACUGUUAAGGCACAAAUUUUUCCAGAAAGCCAAGAACAAAGAAUUUCUUCAAGAAAAAAUACUUCAGAGAGCACCUACCAUUUCUGAAAGAUCUAAAAAGGUUCGUCGGGUGCCAGGCUCCAGCGGCCGCCUCCAUAAGACAGAGGAUGGAGGCUGGGAAUGGAGUGAUGAUGAGUUUGAUGAAGAAAGUGAGGAGGGGAAAGCGGCCAUCUCACAACUCAGGUCUCCUCGAGUGAAAGAAUCAUUGUCCAAUUCUGAGCUCUUCCCGUCAGCCGAUGCCAUGGGUACUCUGCUCCAAGUUCCUGAACAGAUCUCUGUUCAUCUACCUCAGCCAGCUGGACAGAUGCCUCCGCCGCCGCCGCCCCAUGUCUCCAUCCCUCCCCCCGCAGAGCCAGCUCGGCCGGCCCAGGCUCUGUCUCCAGGAGUGGGUCCUCAGGAAACCAAGAUCCCCAUUAGUCUGGUACUAAGAUUAAGGAAUUCUAAGAAAGAACUAAACGAUAUUCGAUUUGAAUUUACUCCUGGGAGAGAUACGGCCGAGGGUGUCUCUCAGGAACUCAUCUCCGCCGGCCUGGUGGACGGACGGGAUCUAGUCAUUGUGGCAGCUAAUUUGCAGAAAAUUGUCGAAGAACCUCAAUCAAAUCGAUCUGUCACUUUCAAACUGGCAUCCGGCGUGGAAGGCUCAGAUAUCCCGGAUGAUAGUAAACUAAUAGGAUUCGCCCAGCUCAGCAUCAGCUAAAGCCCAGCACCCCGUGCACGGAGGCGGCCUUGAAUUCCCACCUGCCGGGAUCUCUCGUCUUUGCUUCUCUUGGCCUCAAUCCACUACUGCCAAAGAAUCCAGCCACCAGCCUCCUGGCUGAGACCUUUCAAGUUGCUCAUCUUUCUGUCAGUCCUGCCAACAUUCCCCCCCCCCCCCUUGUGCCCUACUGAGAAAGAAAAAAACCACAGCCAGACCACCCGUGGCCAGCAUUCCCCUCUCAAAGGCUCUUGUUACUAAACCUUCCCUUCACCCCUCCUCCCACCUCCCCACCCCCACCCCCUGAUCCCCAUGUGUCUCCAGGCCAAGCCAGGGGUGUCUCUCCACUCAUCCUUGCCUUACUCCAGCCUAGGCCUCCCCCGUAUAAGACAGUGGCGGCCCUGUGGGACUGUCCCCACCAGCCCCAAAUCCCCCCCCCACCCUCACCAGGAUAUUUGGGGGGGGCAUGUUAGGGGUUUCAUGGGAAUAGAUCUCACCCACUGAAGUGGCCAUGCAAAGUUGAUUGUUUGGCUGGAGCCUAGAGAAUUCAAUCUGUGGUGGUUUUUCUUUUGGUUGUGUAUGUGUGUAUGUGUGUGUGUGUGUUUGAAUUUUUAUUUUAUUAUUGUUGCUUUGUACCUAAUGUGAAUUCUAGCAGUCUUUGUUUUAGGCGGGGGCGGGGGGAGGGAUAAAGAAGCACAACCUCUUGUCCGGAGGCAGCCUAAAAACUUGCGUUGUUGUUUGGGGAGGGUGGUGGUGGUGGUGGUUGUUUGGGGAGGGCUGUUGUUGUUAUGAUCGCUCCUGUCUUGUCCUUCUCAGCAUCUUUGCCGGAGUUGUUUUCUCGGGCACCCCCUCUGGGAAAGGGGGCGCUGCCAGGCCUUAACUUCAGCUCCCGCAAAACCUCCCACCAAGAACCCAUGCUUUCACCACCGUUAGACCCUCUAUGGUAGAACCUUGGACUGGUUUUUGUUCAUCGUCAUCAUCGUCGUUGGGUUUUUUUGGUUGUGUGUUUUUUUUUUCUUUCCUUGCUUAAAAA